UUUACACAUAAACGAUUCAUAUAGGCAAAAAGUGUACAACUAAAUUGGGCGAUUAAAUUUCACUCUACCAUGUUUGCAAGUGCUCCAAACUAUUCUAAGCUGAAGACGAAUCUCCGUCUGGCGCUCAAUCGACUAAAGCUGCUCGAGAAGAAAAAAACGGAACUGGCUCAGAAGGCUCGCAAGGAAAUCGCAGAUUAUCUGGUGGCCGGAAAACCCGAGCGUGCCAGAAUCCGGGUAGAGCACAUCAUCCGCGAGGACUACUUGGUGGAGGCCAUGGAGAUUGUGGAGAUGUACUGUGAUUUGAUACUGGCGCGGUUUGGCCUGGUGACGCAGAUGAAGGAGCUGGACGAAGGCAUUGAGGAGGCGGUGAGCAGCAUCAUCUGGGUGGCACCACGAUUGCAGGCGGAUGUGCAGGAGUUGAAGCUCUGUUCCGACAUAUUCACGCUGAAGUACGGCAAACAGUACGCGGAGCAGGUACGAGCCGCCAUACCUCCACACAAGAUAUCGGAUAAGCUGAUGCAUAAGCUGGCCAUACAAGCCCCACCGAAGCUGCUGGUGGAGAAGUAUCUGAUUGAGAUUGCAAAAAUUUUCAACGUCGACUACGAACCGGAUCCGCUCGUGAUGAAGGAUGAUCGAUCCAACGUGAUGGAUGGAGAGGACAGUGUGUUGAUCGAUCUGGCAGAUAAGAACAACCUUGACGGUUCUUCGUCGGGUGGCGCAGGUGCAUCUGGUGGAAAUGGUCAAAACAGAGGCGGUGGCAGUGGUGGUGGCGGCGGAGGAGCAGUAGCCUCAUCGUCAAAUGUAGGAUUUGUAGCGUAUCCUCCACCAAUUCCACAGCUCCCCGUAGUUCCACCGACGGUUCCGUUCCAGUAUCCGGCUGGCCCGAGUGGACAACAUUUUGGUGGAGCAUCAGCUCCUCCACCGUUCAACUACAACAUACCGCCCAACUCAUCGGAGAAGGAAGAGAUCAAGGAUUUGAAUAUCAAUGCUAACUUUAUCAACGAAGAAAAGGGAGCAAGCGAUGCAUCUGGACCUCCGCCCUCAUAUUCGUCCCUCAGUCCGGAUGACAACAUGCAGAACUCAACCAAACCCAAACCUCAGCCACGGUCAAAGUUUUCGCCGGAACUAAACUUUCCCCCAUUACCAAACGUGCCAAUGGAUCUGCCAGAAGUACCGGAUGGUGACGAGAACAAGAACGAUAACGAUGAGAUUGAUUUCGACGAUUUGUCCCGUCGGUUUGAGGAGCUGAAGCGGAAGAAGUGAAUUCUUGUACGUGCAGAUUCUGCUCAUCCGUGUACAUGCGUUUUAUAGCUUUAUCGUUCGAUCGAAUCGGCAGGGCCACACAUAUAUAUGUUAUUCUUGAAACUUCACUGUAACGAAGUUACUGCGCCGUUGUACGUAAGGAUGUAUAAUUUUAUUUGUAUUGUUUUCUCUUCUUUGUACUAAUGAAUUGUGCAAGCAACGGCAAUGAUGUAUUGAUAAUAAGCUUAAAUAAAACCAUCAGUAAGAUG